CAAGAAGAACAGGAUUAUAGUGUUAACAUACUUAUAUAAUAACCUCCCAAAGGAAGAGCAAGUUUGCCAGAGAUUUUGCCAAAAGCAAAGAAACACUAGAAGAAAGUGAUCAUCAAAAUGGGCAUGGCUUCCUUCGAUGUCUCCACGAGUACUCUUGUGGUCUUUACGUUGUUCUGCAUGAGCAGAGAGGCUGCCGGAAUUCAGUAUUUACACCAUAUCUGUUCAAACAUUACUACCCUUACUUUCACUCCCAACAGCACCUAUCAAUCCAAUCUCUAUAAACUCCUUUCCUCCCUUUCCUCCAACGCCGGAUGUGAAGAUGGUUUCUAUAACACCACCGUAGGACAAAACGCUUCCGACACUGUCUACGGCCUCUUCCUCUGCCGUGGCGACCUUUCCACCCAAGAAUGCCAAGACUGCGUGGACACUGCAACCCAAGAUGUGAUUAAUCGAUACUGCCCGAUAGAAAAAGAGACCGUGAUCUGGUACGAGGAGUGCAUGAUACGUUACUCAGACCAAUCUUUCUUCUCCACCAUGGACACGGUGCUUAAAUUUUACGUUUCUAGUCAUAAAAUUAUUUCUGAUCCAGAUCGGUUUAACCAGUUAUUGAGGCUGACAAUGAACGAGUCGGUAAGCCAGGUUGCAAAUGUUAGCACCGGUGCAAAAAAGUUCGCAACUAAAGAAGCUAAUUUUAUGGGGUCUGAAAUACUCUACACCCUCGAGCAGUGCACGCCAGACAUAUCCAGCUCUGAUUGCAGUAUAUGUAUACGGGAUGCAAUAUCGGUACUGCCAGAAUGUUGUGAUGGAUUCCAAGGGGGAAGAAUUCUAAUUCCUAGCUGUAGAAUCAGGUAUGAAAUUUACCCGUUUUACCGAAUGCUUAAUACAGCGACACCACCGCCUAUGCCAGCAAAUCUUCCUCCUCCGCCUUCACGUUCGUCACAGGGUUCAGGAAAACACAAAAACUCAUCUCGAAUAAUCAUCGCCGCUCUCGUUCCUGCGGCGGUGGUGUUAUUGAUCGGGGGCUUCUACUUCCUAAGGAGAGCGAGAAAUUUUUUACGGUCUCGAAUGGCUGCGAAUGCUGUUGCAACAGAAGAGAAACUUGUAGAGUCCUUGCAAUUUGAUUUGGUUACCAUUGAAGCUGCCACAAAAAAUUUCUCGAAGAAUAACAAGAUAGGUGUAGGUGGAUUUGGUGAGGUUUACAAGGGCAUGCUUCUAAAUGGACAAGAAAUUGCUGUGAAGAGACUAUCGCAAAACUCUGAUCAAGGUAUAGAAGCAUUUAAGACUGAGGUUGUUCUAGUUGCCAAGCUUCAACAUCGAAACCUCGUGAGACUAUUGGGAUUUUGCUAUGAAGGAAAUGAAAAGAUACUCAUUUACGAAUUUGUGGCCAACAAAAGUCUUGACUUCUUUCUAUACGAUCAUGAAAAACAAAGACUAUUGGAUUGGACGACGCGGUACAAAAUUAUCAAAGGAAUUGCUCGAGGGAUACUUUAUCUUCAUGAAGAUUCUCAUUUUAAAAUCAUACAUCGUGAUCUUAAAGCUAGUAACAUAUUGUUAGAUAAGAAUAUGAAUCCAAAGAUUUCAGACUUUGGCAUAUCAAAGACCUUUGAUGUUGGCCAAACUCAAGGAAACACGAGUAGAGUCGUUGGAACAUAUGGUUACAUGGCUCCAGAAUAUGCAAUAUAUGGACGAUUCUCUGUGAAAUCCGAUGUGUACAGUUUUGGUGUCCUAGUCCUAGAGAUUAUAAGUGGUAGGACGAACAAUUCUUUUUCUCAAACAGAUAAUGCUGCAGAUCUCAGAAGCUAUGCGUGGAAGCAAUGGAUUGAUGGAACACCAUUGGAGUUGUUGGAUCAAAGUUUGAGAGAUUCUUACUCAAGUGAUGAAGUUAUCAGAUGCAUCCAUAUUGGCUUAUUAUGCGUUCCAGAAGAUCCAACCGACAGACCCUCAAUGGCAUCAAUACAUCUCAUGCUAAACAAUAACAAAGUUUCUCUCCCACCACCUCAAGAGCCAGCUUUUGCCCUUCAUAGAAGAACAGAGCCAAAAUGAAGAAGAGUGAUGAAACUCACCGAAAUUUUUUAAAUAAGACCUUAUAAUAAAUUAUUUAGUUGGAACGUUAACGUACAUUCGUACAAAUUCAUUACUGAGCCUAUAAAAUAUUUUAAGUCAUUGGGUUUUGAAUAUGAUUCAAAUUGCUGUAAUUAAUUACGUGGAUUUGAUAAAUUGAUAUAGUUGACUUUCCCUUUUUAAAUUGUUGAAAUCCCAUUGUAAAUAUGAACUC